AUGGAGGCUGACUGGGAUGAGCUGGCGCGCAUCCCAAUGCCGCCACCCACCACACAUGCUAUGCCAACGAUUGCGACAGCGGUCGCGUUUGAUGAUGUUAUGGAACUUCUCUGGACCGGAAAUGAAUACGGUCGAAUCUCCUCCUUUUGCGGACCUGAACUCCAACGAUAUACUUCCGCACGAGCACAUCCAGCCGCCGAGGGCCCGGUACGACAGAUUCUAUUCCACGAUCGAGGUGUGAUUUCGAUAUCCUCCAAGAGUGUGCAUAUGAUCACUCGACGUGGCCUGACACAAUGGCAUUUGAACCACGACGAAAUGGUAGAUCUCCGAUGCAUGAGUUUUACGGCUCAGACGAACCGAAUUCUUGUGGCUGGUUGCCAAAAUGUGAUGUUCACUGUGGACAUCGACAAGGGAACGAUUGUGGACAAACUGCCGACCGAGUAUCAUUAUACUAUCAUGAAGAAGAGUCGAUAUCUCUGCGCGGCAACUGAUACAGGCGCGGUAAAUGCUCUCAGCCUUUCUGACUUCAGUGUUGUCAAGACAUGGAAGGCUCAUGGAACAGCUGUGAAUGACAUGGAUGCGCGAAAUGACUUGCUGGUCACCUGCGGCUUUUCCGUUCGCCACCUCGGUUCUCCGAUCGUUGAUCCUCUAGCCAACGUCUACGAUCUCAAGACUCUACAACCCUUACCGCCGAUACCUUUCCAUGCUGGGGCUGCAUAUGUCCGAAUGCAUCCCAAACUUCAUACGACAAGCUUUGUGGCUUCGCAGACCGGCCAGCUGCAAGUGGUGGAUCUCAUGAACCCCAAUGCGAUCAAUCUGCGACAGGCCAAUGUCUCUCUGAUGCUUGGACUUGACUUGUCCCCCUCAGGAGAAGCUUUAGCAAUAAAUGAUGCUGAAGGAUCCAUACACCUGUGGGGCUCGCCGACCAAGAUACAUUUCAAUGAAUUGAGCAAGGAGAUGGAGUUUGCAGAUGUUCCUACCCGACCACCGCCAGUAGACUGGUCACCCGAUACACCUUUGAACAUGAUAGGGAUGCCCUACUACCAUGACCGCCUGCACUCAGCAUGGCCUAGUCAUCUUGUGUUUGAACUCGGCAGUCCGCCUGCUCCACUGGACCAAUCCAUACUUCCAUAUUUGCGCCCGGCUGAAGUUGGACACCACGCUCCAAACCCAAGGAAAUGCCGGAGAAAUCAAGUGGAGAACACGCGUGCGUUAGCCACUGCGGAGCCGGCAUUGAUCGCCCCCAAAUUCCUCAGCGAAAAGGCUCGGGAUCAAAGUAAAUCAAAGUUGGAGAGCUCUGUUAUUGACGCCGCUGAGGCUCUUGUCGGGGCCAAAAUCAACGGCGAGAGUGACGAUGAUCCUCUGCUCAAGUACAGCAAUGUUGAGAUCAAGUACAGCCGCUUCGGCGUUGAUGAUUUUGAUUUCAGAUUUUACAAUCAAACAAAGUUCUCCGGACUUGAAACCCACAUCGCCAACUCCUUCACAAAUUCCCUUCUCCAACUUUUCAAAUUCAUUCCGCUUUUCCGGAACCUGGCCCUUAACCAUGCCGCAGGCUCUUGCAUUUUUGAGCAAUGUCUACUCUGCGAGCUGGGCUACUUGUUUGACAUGCUAGAGAAAGCAGAUGGGCAGAACUGCCAAGCAACAAAUUUGUUAAAAACAUUCAGCAGUUUCCGCGAAGCGUCGAAUUUGGGCCUUCUGGAAGAGAACCUUACCAACAAGUCUCUAUCAACCGCGAUUCAGGCUGUGAAUCGCUUUUUCCUGACUCAGAUCGCACAUGAUUUCCGUAUGAUCCAGCCCAGCUCAGAAGAUCUGGAUCAGCGCCUUGCAACAAUUGCGUCAGAAUCAAUACGCUGUAUGUUCUGCCAGAAUGAGACUGUUAGACCUGGCAACUCGCUCGCCAACGAGCUUCUUUAUCCCAAUAUGGACCCAAAGCAUGCCAGGCGGAAUCCAGCAUACCGAUUUUCUAGCAUCUUGCGUGCUAGCAUCGAGCGCGAAACACAAAAUCGCGGAUGGUGCAAUUACUGUCGGCGAUAUCAACAAGUAAUGAUCAGGAAAACUGUUCACCGGAUGCCGUUAGUGCUCGUCCUCAAUGCAGCUUUAACUAAUCCCCUCUGCCGUCGAUUAUGGGCUGUGCCUGGAUGGCUUCCUGAUGCAGUCGGUGUCAUUCUUGAUAACGGACAAGUCAUGUGUUACGAAGGCGAUGAUCUUCGAAUGAGAAUCCAGAGCAACACACCGGACCUUGUUGUGUACGAUUUGGUUGGUUUGGUAUCCGAGAUCGACAUCCCUGAGCACCAAAAGCCGCAUUUGGUCUCUUUCAUCAAUGUCUCUGUGUCUGAGCGCAAGCAACAAGAACGAAGCAGAUGGCACUUGUUCAACGACUUCUUAGUCACCGAGGUGGACCGUGACGAAGCCCUACGCUUCACCCAGCCUUGGAAGCAGCCUUGCGUGCUGGCUUUCCAAGUUCGCGAUGCACGGCAUUCUGUCGAUGAUUCAUGGAUGAACUCUCUUGACACGACUCUGUUGUUCCGCGAGUGGUCUUUGAACGGCGGUGAGCAGGUUGAAUCAUGCUGUACCCUCACUGAAGAAGAGAAGCCGCAGCCUGGAACACCCUUGGCCCUCGACACCGAGUUCGUGGACCUAGAAAAGGCCGAGAUCGAUGUCAAAGCCGACGGGUCGCAGGAGAUUGUGCGACCAAAUAAAAGCGGUCUUGCGAGGGUUUCUGUGCUGCGCGGCUCGGGCGUCAACGAGGGCGUUCCCUUUAUUGAUGACUAUAUAACGAUCCGCGAACCAAUAGUGGACUAUGUCACUCAGUAUUCUGGGAUCAAGCCUGGCGACUUGGACCCGCGAACCAGCAAGCACAAUUUGGUGCCCUUGAAGGUGGCCUACAAGAAAUUAUGGCUGCUCUUGAACCUUGGCUGUACCUUUGUGGGCCACGGCUUAGCCUCGGAUUUCCGCAAGAUCAACAUCCAAGUGCCCAAGUCUCAAACCGUUGACACACAAUACCUCUUCUUCCACCCGGGCAAGAACCGCCGCCUCAGCCUCCGUUAUCUUGCAUGGGCUGUCUUCAAAGAAUACAUCCAGGAGGAGCCUACCUCGGACACAAUCCAAGGCCACGACUCCAUAGAGGAUGCGCGUAUGGCCAUGCGUCUUUGGAAAAAGUUCCAGGAGUACGAGGAUGCGGGGAUUGCCAACCAGAUGCUUGAGGAGAUAUUCCGUGAAGGUCAGAAGCUGGGCUUUCGACCCCCUCCCAGGAAUGGCACUGCUGCUGUCCUAUCCCGUCCUGGUACUGCGAUCACCAUGCAGAACGACAGCGGCCGAAAUACCCCCAGCGCACCUGACGCUAGUGCUGCUACCGCUGCUGCCACAAACGUGGCCGCCGCUACAGCAGCCGCAAACGCUGCACCUUCUAGUGCCCCUUCUACUCCCCGCCAAACGUUCCGACGAUCGAUCGCUUUGACUCCUAGCAAUGGCAGCUUCUCUGGACCAGGUACGGGCGAUUUCUUUAGCGAGAGCCCGUUGCGAUAG